AUGACAUUGGAAAUCCGUUCCCACGAGGCUGGAGCCUCAUACUACCGCUACAAUCCCUCAUUACCAGUCGCGAUUGUUGCAGCCGUUCUGUAUACCAUUGCCUUUGUCUUGACAUUCAUACAAUGGAUCCGCUACAAGGCAUGGGUAUGGGUCAUUAUGGUAGUAGCAGCUGCGAUGGAGGCAGUUGGCUACAUUGGCCGAUGCAUAUCCGUGGAAAACGUAACAGCGAGAUCGGUCUACAUCCUCCAAUUCGCCCUCAUCAUUCUUGCCCCUGUACUCAUGGCCGCUUGCUGCUACAUAUUAUUUGGUCGAAUUCUCUUCUUAGUCGUCCCUAAAGACGCUCGCACAUUUCAUCUUUGCUGGGUACCCCCACGAUUUAUUACGCCCAUUUUUGUUGGAUUUGACAUCGUUGCCCUCUUUCUCCAACUAGUUGGCGCUGUGAUGAUAUCUUCGGUCACUGCUACAGAUACAGGUGCAGCCAGCAAACUAGCCAAAGGCAAGAAUCUCGCCCAGGCAGGCGUCAUCAUUCAAUUGGUGGCAUUUGGACUCUUUUCAGUCGCAGCUGUGCGGUUCAACUUUACGUCUAAGAGGUUUUCCAAACAAAUGGGCGAGCGAUAUGAGCAUAUUGAUGAAAAGCAUUAUUCCAUCAAUGGAAUUGUGAGAAAAUUGCAUUGGCCUGCAUUGCUAAGAGUUAUAAACUUGACUACUUUACUGAUUCUGGUUCGUUCUAUUUAUCGUCUCGUCGAGUUCUCGGAGGAUGUCACUGGGUACGUCAAUACACACGAAUGGACAGCGUAUGUUUUUGAUGCAUUGAUGAUCUAUCCUUGUGUUGCGCUCUUUAUCAUUUGGCACCCGGCCCGAGCACAAGUGCCAAGCUUUUGCGACAAAGAGACCACCAUGGAGGGACUCUUUACUCUGCUCGCUCUGAGCAUUGUGAUGGCCGUAACAUCUUUUGUUGUCGGUUCAUUGCCUCUUGCCUUUACCCUCUCCCCCUCACAACUCCGCCUCAUAUCUUCGAUCGGCAUGGGCGUGCUAGUGGGGACGUCAUUGAUUGUUAUUAUACCAGAGGGCAUCGAGACUCUAUACACUGCUAGCUCCGCUAGCAAGAAGACCAUUAGUACGCGUUCAGCCCAUGUUGAUUGGAAGUCGCAGGGAGUUCCUGUGAUGAUGCGAUCUACAUUAGACAGCAACGACGAUACCGCAUUGUCAGCAGACACUCCCGUUUCUUUCUUAUCACUAGAUCAUCAAUCAUCCGCUCCGAUUUUUGACCGUGAUGAAUCGUCGGGUGUAGUAGUAGCAGGGCUAUCUACACGAAAGGAGGAUACCACCGAACACUCGAGCACAGAAGAAGCGGAAGAUAACUCCCCACAUGCCUGGAUUGGAGUCGCCCUGAUCAGUGGGUUCAUUAUGAUGUAUCUGAUUGAUAAAUUGCCGGAAUUUGCUUCGCCGACAAAAAGCGAGCGGAUUCCUUAUCACAUCUCGCUCGAUAACCUUGGGUCGGGUUUGCGACGGGGCUCCUCGCCUAUCCGCGAUGGGGGACUUUUGAAUGCUGGCCAUUCGAAUUCGCGACGUGGACACAGUUUUGCUACAACUACAGGAUUGGUCAUCCAUGCGGCAGCCGACGGCAUUGCGCUAGGUGCAUCAACAUCUGAUACCGGCCUGAGCUUUAUCAUCUUCCUAGCUAUAAUGGUUCACAAGGCUCCCGCCUCCUUUGGGUUGACUUCAAUUCUCCUCAAGCAGGGGCUAUCAAGCCGGACUGCGAGAGCGCAUCUUUUGGUCUUCAGCUUGGCGGCUCCUGUCGGAGCUCUUGCCACUUUCCUCUUUGUACACAUGUUGGGAUCUUCUAGCGGCGACGAGACUGGCUCUCAGUGGCGGACCGGAAUGCUCUUGCUUUUCUCUGGAGGCACUUUCUUGUAUGUGGCAAUGCACACCAUGCAAGAAAAUGGACCUGGCUCUUCCCCACGGGAAUCACCUACAAACGGGUAUGGUGAUGCUCGUGAAUCCCCGGAUGGAUCCGAUAAGUCAAUGAGAGACUUGAUCGCUUCUGUUGUAGGCAUGAUCUUGCCGCUUUUCCUGCAGAUUGGCCAUGCUCAUUAA